GUAGCUUGCGAAGAUCCCACAAACAGCGCCUAUUUAAAAAUUGACCAAACAGUAAAACAGAUUUUCAAUUUGUGCGGAGGGGGUCAGCUCUCCCCACAUCGAGAGCCCUGGUCGAAGUAUUUAAGAACUUCUCCAAGUGCUAAAAAGCUUUUGAGCUCAAAUUUUGCCCAUAGAUAGGAGAUGUAUAGACUAGAAAAAUUCUAGGAGGAAGAUAUGGGCGCAAGUUGCGAUUUACAUUUUACUACAAUCUUCCUAUAGAACUCGAUUUUUCUAAUAAAAUUAAAGUUUCAAGUUUUGACCUGAAACUUUUCAUACAUCAAGGUCUCAAUUAAACAAGCUUGCCGACAAAGUUUCAAAAUUUCUGGUUGAAUUAUCUCGGAGAUAAUUCUAAAACUUUGUAGGCAUGCUAGUCUGAUUAAGACGUUGAUGUAUGUAAAGCUUCAAGUCAAAAUUUGAAACUUUAAUUUUAUUGGAAAAAUCGAGUCCUAUAGGAAGAUUGUAGUAAAAUGUAAAUCGCAAGUUUCGUUCAUAUCUUUCUUCUACGGUUUUUCUAGUCUAUACAUCUUCUAUCUAUAGGCAAAAUUUGAGCUUCAAAAAUUUUUACCACUUGGAGAGAUUCUCUCGUUAGAUCUAUAGAAUGUCCAAGUUCCUGUUAUCUUAGAGAAUAAUAAAUCGUAGAGCUCUUGCUAAAAAUUUCUCUGUUGGAAACAGUUUGUAUAUUUUCUCAAGUAAAGAUUUGUAGUGUAGUCAAUACGCACAUUUUAUUAGCAUAGUUCUAAAUUUGAUGAAAUUUUCACAACAUGUGUAACAGAUGUUAAUGUACGAUAUUUGAAAAUUUUAGUAUUCAAGAUAAUUUAUCAUCGAAUUAUAUUAAUGAUCAAACAACUAAUGAUAUCGAUAGAGAUUUACUUGAAACUACUAAUAGACUUUCAUCAUCUUCAAUAUCAUCAUUAUCAUUACCAAUAAUGGAUAAUUCUAUAGCAAAUAAUUUAGCUGUUAUGUCUUUGGAAAGAACUUCUCAUCUAUCUGAUCAUUUAACUGAUUCAUUACGACAACAACAACAACAACAACAACAACAAACGACUACAUCUUCAUCAUCUCUUACUGAUACAACACAUUUACCACCAACAUCAACAUCUCAUAAUAAUAAUAAUUCAUUUAUAUCGAAUACUUUUUCUAAUACAAGUAACGGUCCCGGUGGUAAUUCAUCUGCUUUUACACCAUAUAAUACACCUGGCACAUAUUCAUCAAUACCAAGAGAUUAUUCUCAAGCAGGAUCAACAUGGAAUCAACAAUCAUCAAAUUAUAAAACGACUCCUAAAUCAACAAUACUUCAACCAGGAAAUUAUUCUCAACAAGCAUCAUAUCAAAUACAACCUCAACAACAAUUCUUUGUUGGAACUUAUCCUUAUCAUCCACCUACAAUUUAUCCAUUAAUAACACAAGUUGAUUCUUGGUCAACUGCUGGAUUUGAUCCUUAUACAACAUAUCCAACAAAUAAUUAUAUGCCAACAUAUACUACACAACAACAAUAUCAUCCUACUACUGUUCAAUCUAAUAAAUAUGAUCGACCUUCAUAUGAUAAAGAUUUUUUUGCUCAUUAUGGUCAAAAUCGUUUAUCAAAUAAUGAAUUAUUAAAUGUAUCUCAAACAACGAAAGAUAUUCCUCCAACAAGUAAAUUAUCAGCGACUGCAGCUUCAUUCUCUCAGGGAGCUCCAUUGACACCAACUAGUCCAGCAACAGCAUACUAUUUCAAUCCGGUUUUAUAUACAGUACCAACUUAUUAUACUUCACAUCAUGAUCGAACUAUAACUUAUCCUUCAAUUGAUAAUCGUGAUAAUCGAAAUGGUGCUUCAUAUGCUGGUAAUAAUAAUCGUAAUCAUUAUCAUCAUUAUCAACACCAACGUACACAUAAUAAUUCGACUUGGCAUUCACAACAGUAA